AUGAGGCUAAUAUUUGGGCAAGAAAAAUCCACCAAAUCCAAGGUUCGGAGUCUUGGUACUGUGGAGGCCCUACUGUUGAUGUCGGAAUGGCAUCCUCGCUCGCUGCAUUUUCCACCCGAGACGGAUGGCUGGGAUGAUGAUUUGAUCCCAUCAGCCCCUAAAAGCCACCACAAUAGUGAGUCAAACUCAGCACCUGCCAGUCGCUGGGUUGAAGACAUGAUUGAGCCCGCGCGACGAUCUGAUCAGAUGUCCUGGAUGUUGCUCGGAUGUGGCCUUUCUCUCGCACAUGAGCUGGGCAUCUUUGAGACGGAAGAAAGCGGGUCUCCAGCCGAAGAGCCAGAAUGGAGAGAUCAGAUGACACUACGUUGGCAGCGCGUACAGCGUCUUCUUUUUGUUUACAUCAAUCAACUCGCCUGGAGAAUUGGAUGCAUGUCGCCAAUCCCUCAGUCAUUGAACCAUGCUAUUCUCGGUGGAAGAAAGCCGCAAGGGCUCAAUCCACCCGGUAGUACAUGGUUGACAUUCAUGGAUUCCUGGAUUGAGCUGACCAAGCUUGCGAAAUCUGUGACCGACAUGUUCUUCCCCUCUGCUUCAUUCGCACGCCAACAACUACACAGCGGCCGCUAUGUUGGUUUACUAGAACAUUUCCGACCUCUUCUCAACCAAUGGAAAGAUAAGUAUCUACAACCGCAGGUGCUUGACAAGGCAUUCUACAAUGAUCUCUUUAUCGAAUACCAUUUUGUUCGCGUAUAUACCCAUUCAGUGGGGAUGCAAGCCGUUGUUGAGCGCGCAGUGGCAGAAAACGAUUCCAACAAUUUCGACGAAGUUCAACCUAUGACGAUCGAUCCAACAGACUAUGAAUACAUCCAAGAAGUAAUCGACGGAUGCUGCCAAAUCUUACAAAAAGUUACACAUCUAGCCGAAUCGGGUGCUUUACGAUUCUCGCCAGUUCGCAUCGUCCUCCGCAUCACCAGUGCUUCAAUAUUCCUCAUGAAAGCCCUGAGUCUGGGUACCCGACAAGCAAAGCUGCAGGAAUCGAUUGAGAUACUGGAGAAAAGCAUCAAAGCGCUCAAGUCAAACGCAUUGGACGAUGUGCAUCUCAGUACUCGCUAUGCCACAUUAUUGGACAUGCAUGUCUCACGUUUACGACGGAACCUUUUAGCUUCUUCCAAGUCUAUCAAGAAUAGUCGUGGGGCCACGGGGAUAUCAUCAAUGGGACCUCCGCCUUGGCCGGAUGCUGGCGAUCGGUCAAAUACCAUAAACACCCCAGUAUCGCAGGAAUUGGCGCCGGACCUGGGCUUCAUUCCGUCUUUGAACAAUAUCGGUGCAGACGACUGGCUUUCUCUGCCAUUUGAUCCCUCCAUGGCGCCGUUUGGGAUGAGCAAUAGUGGGCAAUUUCCGAUGUAUGAAGGCGGAGCAUUAGAUUUCAUUUGGAAUUUGCCAUCGUGA